ACCGAGCUUUACUCUCACAUAUCUCAUUCGAGGAGGUCUUCAAUGAACUCCUUGAUGUUAUUGGUGAAGAUAAUCUCAAUUCCAUCAAAAACAUUUGGGGAAAAUAUCCCAAAUACAAGGAUGGAGUUUAUGCCGCUUCACGCCCUUUCCCCAUUUCUGAGGAGCGAACAUGGAGGUGUUACGUUUAAAAGGCAAAGAAGGAAUAUGAUGAACUUGAGGUUUACCUAGAUGCACACCAAGUUGAAGUGUUGGCUAACGAGGAAGAAGAAAUGGAGGAAGAGCAAAACCACCAGGCUCAUCACCACCAAGUUCAUCACCACCACCAAGUUGAUGAGGUGGGGCCGUCUAACACGGCACGAGACAUGGAUGAUGAAGAUGACUCUGAGGAUCCGACGUAUGUUGCUAAUUCUGAUCAAGAAAGUUCUUCAGAUGAGUCUGAAGUAUCUGGAUGGGUCUCUAUGUACACAACGGACGUGUACACAGAGGAACCUAUUAACGUUGCUGAACAAGAAAUUCUAGAAUUUCCGAUCCCUAGGCACGUUGAAAAAGUCUCACUACCACCAACGUUCCGUAUCCCUGAAAUUCAGAUUGGAUAUCGGUACGAUGAUUUCAAAAGCCUUCAAUUUGCAGUGGCGCUACGCAAUAUUGCAGAGCAUAGACACUUUCAGACUUCUUCAAAGCAUCGCAAUUAUUGGCUGACGAAGUGCUCGUAUUCAGAACAAUGUCUAUGGCUCAUCCAGGCUGCAGAGGUUGCAUCUGUUUGGACUGUCAAACAGUACAGAAGUCAACAUUUAUGCAGACCAGACUUUUCGAAAGAGAAGGACGAUAAGCUUAUUACAAGCAAGCUCAUCUCCGGAAUUAUAUUCUCUAAAAUUGAUGCUGAUGCUGAUUACAAGGUGAGGUACAUCAUUAAAGAUAUAUACGACUUAUUUCAAGUUUCUGUGUCGUACAAGAAAUGUUGGUUGGCUAAGUCGAAUGCUAUUCAACGACUGUACGGACGGGGAUAGUUGGAGCUAGUUCAUGAUGCAUUUAAUGCAUUAUGUAGUACCUUACGAUAUGUCGGUGUGCAUCAUUUCUGAUAGGCACGGGGGAAUUGAUGUAGCUUUCAAUACUAUCCCCCAGUUAUUGGAACAACGUGUCACCAGGAAAUAUUGCCUGCGCCAAUUGAGAAGUAAUUUUCAGAAGAAGUUCAAUAGCAAAAAACUGAAAGGUUUGAUGUAUCAUGCAGCCAGUACCCCAGAUGUCUAUGAAUUCAAUAGAACAAUGCAACAAAUUAAGUCACAAUGG